AGAAUGAGAAAGGUGGAGGGCUGAGUGGAGUGAGAGAGGGAGAGCGAGAGAAGGAGGUGGUAGUAGUGGUGGUCACUUCUUAACCGCUGUGCUCUCUCUCUCUCUCUUCAGACAUUAGCUAGUUAGGUUAGCUAGCCGGCAGUUAGGAGCGUCGUUUGAAUCAGUGAGCUAACGGCCGCUCUGCCCUGCGGUCAUAUGAGCUCGUGUGGAGGUCUCCAGCUUCUCUGAGACAGAGUUGUGUGUAAUUCUCCUCCUCCUUCUGUCUCAGCCCAGCUCUCUCUCUCUGUACUAGCAGUGUAAUAACUUCCAGCAGUGAAGAUGCCCCUGGCGCAACUGGCUGACCCUUGGCGGAAGAUGGCCAUUGGGAGCGCGACGAGCGAGGUGAGUGGAGAAGAUGCUCAUCAUGUCCUCGAGGAUUCCUUAGGAGAAGAUGAUAACCUGCCCUGCCAAGAUGAAGUGCCAGUCAAGGAGAUCAGCAUCACACAUCAUGUUAAAGAAGGCUCAGAGAAAGCCGAUCCACGACAGUUCGAGCUUCGCAAAGUCCUGGGUCAGGGCUCCUUUGGAAAGGUGUUUCUAGUAAAGAAGGUAACAGGGCCGGAUGCAGGACAGCUCUAUGCAAUGAAGGUGCUGAAGAAAGCCACACUGAAAGUGCGGGAUCGGGUCAGAACUAAGAUGGAGCGAGACAUCCUGGUGGAGGUGAAUCAUCCCUUCAUCGUUAAGCUGCACUAUGCAUUCCAGACAGAGGGAAAGCUUUAUCUGAUUUUAGACUUUCUCAGAGGAGGCGAUCUCUUCACUCGUCUGUCAAAAGAGGUGAUGUUCACAGAGGAGGAUGUGAAGUUUUAUCUGGCUGAACUGGCUUUAGCACUGGACCACCUGCAUGGACUGGGAAUCAUCUACAGAGACCUCAAACCAGAGAAUAUCCUGCUGGAUGAGGAAGGCCACAUUAAGCUGACAGAUUUUGGGCUCAGUAAGGAGUCGAUUGACCACGAGAACAAAGCCUACUCUUUCUGCGGCACCGUGGAGUACAUGGCUCCAGAAGUGGUCAACCGCAGAGGCCACACCCACAGCGCUGACUGGUGGUCGUAUGGUGUGCUUAUGUUUGAAAUGCUAACUGGAACACUCCCAUUCCAAGGCAAGGACCGAAAGGAGACCAUGACCAUGAUUCUUAAAGCCAAACUGGGCAUGCCUCAGUUCCUCAGUGCUGAGGCCCAGAGUCUCCUGCGCAACCUGUUCAAACGCAACCCCUCCAACAGACUGGGUGCUGGUCCAGAUGGGGUUGAGGAAAUAAAGAGACAUCAGUUUUAUGCUUCCAUUGACUGGAAUAAAUUAUUUAGGCGAGAGAUCCAUCCGCCUUUCAAGCCUGCCUCUGGGAGACCGGACGACACGUUCUACUUUGACCCAGAAUUCACAGCUAAAACUCCCAAAGAUUCACCAGGUGUGCCCCCUAGUGCCAAUGCCCAUCAGCUCUUCAGAGGCUUCAGCUUUGUGGCGAUCAGCUCAGAAGAGGAGACCCAGCCACUGCAGAGUAACAUGAGCACCAUAGUGCAGCAGCUCCACAGAAACACCACUCAGUUCAGCGACUCGUACGAGGUGAGAGAGGACAUUGGCAUCGGAUCAUACUCCAUCUGCAAACGCUGCGUUCAGAAAAGCACGGGCAUGGAGUACGCCGCCAAGAUCAUCAAUAAAGCCAAAAGAGAUCCUACAGAGGAGGUGGAAAUCCUUUUACGCUACGGCCAGCACCCCAACAUCAUCACCUUAAAAGAUGUGUAUGAUGACGGGCGCUCUGUGUAUCUGGUGACGGAGCUGCUGAAAGGAGGAGAGCUGCUGGAUAAAAUCCUCCGGCAGAAGUUCUUCUCUGAGCGGGAGGCCAGCGCUGUUCUCUUCACCAUUACUAAGACUGUAGAGUACCUGCAUGCACAAGGGGUGGUCCACAGAGAUCUGAAGCCCAGUAACAUUCUCUAUGUGGAUGAGUCAGGCAACCCUGAGUCCAUCCGGAUCUGUGAUUUUGGCUUCGCUAAACAGCUAAGAGCAGAGAACGGUCUGCUGAUGACUCCCUGCUACACUGCCAACUUUGUGGCCCCAGAGGUUCUGAAGAAGCAAGGCUAUGAUGCUGCAUGUGAUAUAUGGAGUCUCGGUGUUCUUCUUUACACAAUGCUCACAGGGUUCACUCCUUUCGCCAAUGGCCCUGAAGACACACCCGAGGAGAUUCUGGCCAGGAUUGGCAGUGGGAAGUUUUCUCUGACAGGCGGAUACUGGAACUCUGUCUCGACUGAGGCCAAGGACCUGGUAUCUAAAAUGCUGCAUGUAGACCCCCAUCAGAGAUUAACAGCUGCCCAAGUACUGAGGCACCCCUGGAUUGUUCACAAAGACCAGCUGCCCAAAUACCAGCUCAACAGACAGGAUGCUCCUCAUCUGGUCAAGGGCGCUAUGGCUGCUACAUACUCUGCCUUGAACAGGAACGUUCCCCCAGUGCUGGAACCUGUAGGCUGCUCCAUUCUCGCUCAGCGCCGGGGAGUGAAGAAAGUGACCUCCACAGCUCUCUGAGCCGCUGCCCCACUCUCCACUUCCAACCACACACCUUACACCUGGUGGGAAAACUGCCCCCCACCCCUUCCGCCUGUCGUCCUGCCCUUUAAAGAAGCUUGGCUGUCGUGUUCAGCUGCAUUCAGGGUCCAAAUGUGGGCUCAUAGGACCCCUGGUGGACAAUCUGAUUCUUCCUUGUUUGCUUACAAAGAGGACCAACCAACUAAGUAUUUUGCUUGUACAAUCACUGCUGCCUCCAGACUCAAAACAAGCAAAGCAUCGGGAGCAUUUUAUGAACUAUAUUUUUGGGGGAACAAGACAGUAUCAUAAAUGCAUAUAAACUUGUAACAUACUGUAAUAUCUAUCUUUUUAUAAAGCUGAUAGAUUUAGACAUUAUUAUUAUUAUAUUAAGAGAGUGUGAGCUGUUUAGAGAAGAACAAGUGUAAUAUGAAAUACCAUCAGAUGUUGAGAAAUAUGAACUAUUCUCCGUUCUCCUAAAAAACUCUUCAAAUCUGUUCAGUUUCCAAGUUCAGCUACUCUGGUAUGAUGAAACUAUGACAGCAGGCCUUGAAGUUUUUCAUCUGUUGUCUCUUCACUUCAAGGAAGCCUCAGUAAGGCCUCUAUCCACAGGUGUCCUAAGAAGAUCUGAUGCCCAAAUCUCAAAAAGAAUGAAAACAGUUUUUAAGCUUGUAUGUGUGGUGAGAGAGAGCCACAACUCGAGAAACAAGUUCUAGCUUUAUGAACUGGUUUUGCAGCUCAACUGCGCAAAAGAGGUUCAGAGCACAAGACAGCACAGAACUGUAAAUAUUUAGAGAACUCAGGUUUAUGAAAUGCAAUGCAUUAUUAAAAAAAAGCUCUGAGUAACAAAUGCUCACAA